UUCAGACUUUCAAAAAAUUCCUUUGUUUGCAUCCCAGAUGAAGAAGACAUUGGUCUGGAAGAAUUAGAAGACAUCUUUCACGAGGAAGAUGCAAAAAUGCAGAAAAAAAGGAAACAGAGGAAACUGAAAGAAAAUAGAAUUCCCAGAAUGAAACGGAAAAAUAAAGAGGAGCCCAAAUCAUCUGCACAGUUAAUGGAAGAGUGGGGAUUAGAUGAUGUUGAUUAUGCCUUUUCUGAAGAUGAUUAUCACACAUUAACAAAUUACAAAGCCUUUAGCCAGUUUCUCAGACCUUUGAUUGCCAAGAAGAAUCCCAAAAUUCCCAUGUCUAAGAUGAUGACUGUGCUUGGUGCGAAGUGGAGGGAGUUCAGUGCCAAUAACCCAUUGAAGGGGAGCUCUGCUGCUGCUGCUGCAGCAGCUGUUGCUGCUGCUGUGGAACUAGUAACUGUCACUCCACCCAUUUCCCUUACCGCUCAGCACUUAAGUCAGCCAGCACCAAUCAGGAAAGCCAAAACCAAAGAGGGCAAAGGUCCAGGAGUGAGAAAGAAAGCAAAAAGUGCCAAGGAUGCUAAAAAGAAAAUGAAGGGCAAGAAGAUGGCAACUGCUAUAAAGUUCAAAAUUGGAGGGAUUGCCAAUAAAAGGAAAAAAGUAUCUUCAAGUGAGGAAGAAGAUCGGGAUGAGUCAGAUUUCGACAGUGCCAGCAUUAACAGCUCUUCAGUGCGAUCUGAUGGCUCCAUUGCAUGGGUCAAAAAGAGCAAGAGAGGCAAGAAGAAAAAAAAAAUGGAAGAUGGCGAUGGCUAUGAGACAGACCAUCAAGAUUACUGUGAGGUGUGUCAGCAAGGAGGAGAGAUCAUACUGUGUGAUACAUGUCCCCGUGCAUACCACUUGGUCUGCCUUGACCCUGAGCUAGAGAGGGCACCAGAGGGCAAGUGGAGUUGCCCCCACUGUGAAAAAGAAGGAAUCCAGUGGGAGCCAAAGGAAGACGAUGAAGAAGAAGAUGAGGCUGGUGAAGAGGAAGAAGAAGAUGAUCAUAUGGAGUUCUGUCGGGUCUGUAAGGAUGGAGGAGAACUACUAUGCUGUGAUGCAUGUCCUUCAUCAUAUCAUCUCCACUGCCUUAAUCCACCCCUUCCUGAAAUACCCAAUGGCGAGUGGCUCUGUCCGCGUUGUACAUGCCCUCCUUUAAAAGGCAAAGUGCAACGAAUCUUACACUGGUCAUGGAGAGAACCCCCACCUCCUUCAUCUCCAUUGCACUCUUCUGAAGUAGAACCAGCUGCUCUGCAACCAAAACCCCUGGAGGGUCAACCAGAGAGGGAGUUUUUUGUGAAAUGGGCAGGGUUGUCAUACUGGCACUGUUCCUGGGUUAAAGAAUUACAGCUAGAGCUUUAUCAUACAGUCAUGUACCGAAACUACCAAAGAAAGAAUGACAUGGAUGACCCCCCUCCUUACGACUAUGGCUCCGGGGAUGAGGAUGGAAAGAGUGAGAAGAGGAAGAAUAAAGACCCUUUGUAUGCAGAGAUGGAAGAAAGAUAUUACCGUUAUGGGAUCAAGCCAGAAUGGAUGAUAAUCCAUAGAACAUUGAACCACAGCUUUGAUAAGCGCGGAGACAUUCAUUACCUUAUCAAAUGGAGAGACUUGCCGUAUGACCAGUGUACAUGGGAGAUUGAUGACAUAGACAUUCCUGAAUAUGAAAACUUCAAGCAGUCUUACUGGAAUCACAGGGAACUAAUGCUGGGAGAAGAUUUAAGUGUCAUAAAGAAGCUUAUCAAGAAAGGAGUGAAAUUAAAAGAUGAGAAAUUAGAGAAACCUCCUGAAACACCUACUAUUGAUCCUACUGUCAAGUUUGACAAGCAACCCAGGUACAUUGAUAUAACAGGUGGCACCUUGCACCCAUAUCAGCUGGAAGGUUUAAAUUGGCUUAGGUUCUCCUGGGCACAAGGAACGGACACAAUCCUUGCAGAUGAGAUGGGACUGGGAAAGACUGUCCAGACCAUUGUGUUUCUAUACUCUCUCUACAAAGAGGGUCACUCCAAAGGUCCUUUCUUGGUUAGUGCACCCCUGUCCACCAUAAUCAACUGGGAGAGAGAGUUUGAGAUGUGGGCACCUGAUUUCUAUGUUGUUACGUACACUGGGGACAAGGAAAGUCGAUCAAUUAUAAGAGAGAAUGAAUUCUGCUUUGAGGACAGUGCCAUCCGCAGUGGGAAAAAAGUCUUCAGGUUAAAGAAAGAAGCCCAGAUUAAGUUCCAUGUUUUGCUUACAUCAUAUGAAUUGAUCACCAUCGAUCAAGCUAUUCUUGGAUCAAUAGACUGGGCAUGCCUUGUUGUAGAUGAAGCCCACAGGCUGAAAAACAACCAAUCAAAAUUCUUUAGGGUCUUAAACAGCUAUAAGAUUGACUACAAACUGCUGCUUACUGGUACGCCGCUACAGAAUAACCUGGAGGAGCUGUUCCACCUGCUGAAUUUCCUCACACCUGAAAGGUUCAACAACUUAGAAGGCUUUCUGGAGGAGUUUGCUGACAUAUCUAAAGAAGACCAAAUUAAGAAGUUGCACGAUUUGCUGGGGCCACAUAUGUUGCGGAGAUUGAAAGCUGAUGUGUUCAAAAAUAUGCCAGCCAAAACUGAGCUCAUUGUUCGAGUUGAGCUAAGCCAAAUGCAGAAGAAGUACUACAAGUAUAUUCUGACAAGGAAUUUUGAGGCACUAAACUCCAAAGGAGGUGGCAACCAAGUGUCCCUGUUGAACAUUAUGAUGGAUCUGAAAAAGUGCUGCAAUCAUCCCUACCUCUUUCCUGUUGCUGCUGUGGAAGCUCCUGUCUUGCCAAAUGGAUCAUAUGAUGGCAGUUCCCUUAUUAAAUCCUCUGGAAAACUAAUGCUGCUUCAGAAGAUGCUGAGAAAAUUGAAGGAUGGCGGACACAGAGUGCUUAUUUUUUCCCAGAUGACGAAGAUGCUGGAUUUACUGGAAGACUUUUUGGAGUUUGAGGGUUACAAAUAUGAACGAAUAGAUGGAGGAAUUACAGGCGGACUGCGACAAGAGGCCAUCGACAGGUUUAAUGCCCCAGGUGCCCAACAGUUCUGUUUCCUUCUGUCUACCCGUGCUGGUGGUCUGGGAAUCAACUUGGCCACAGCUGACACAGUCAUUAUAUAUGACUCUGACUGGAACCCUCACAAUGACAUACAGGCCUUCAGCAGAGCUCACCGCAUUGGUCAAAACAGGAAGGUGAUGAUUUAUCGUUUUGUCACAAGAGCAUCAGUAGAGGAGCGGAUCACCCAAGUAGCAAAGAGGAAGAUGAUGCUAACCCAUUUAGUAGUCCGACCUGGACUGGGGUCCAAGUCUGGAUCCAUGACAAAACAGGAACUUGAUGACAUCCUUAAGUUUGGCACUGAGGAACUCUUUAAAGAUGAUGUGGAAGGUGGGAGAUGUGGAGACAAGAAGGGCCGGGGAAGCACCAAAGAACUCUUAAAUGAUGACAUAGAAGGUGAUAGUCGAGAAGUAGAGGACAGCAGUGUAAUUCACUAUGAUGAUGAUGCCAUUUCCAAGCUGCUGGAUCGGAACCAGGAUGCCACAGAUGAUGUUGAUCUGCAGAAUAUGAAUGAAUACCUCAGCUCAUUUAAAGUGGCCCAGUACGUUGUGCGAGAAGAGGAUGGAGCGGAGGAGGUUGAACGGGAGAUUAUCAAGCAGGAAGAGAAUGUGGACCCAGAUUAUUGGGAGAAGCUGUUAAGACACCACUAUGAACAGCAGCAAGAAGACCUGGCCAGGAAUCUUGGGAAAGGAAAGAGGAUCCGUAAACAGGUCAACUAUAAUGAUGCUUCUCAGGAAGAUCAAGAAUGGCAGGAUGACCUUUCAGACAAUCAGUCAGAGUAUUCCAUUGGCUCAGAAGAUGAGGAUGAAGAUUUUGAAGAACGUCCUGAAGGUGGAAGAAGGCAGUCUAGAAGGCAGCUGAAGAGUGACAGAGACAAGCCCCUCCCCCCUCUGCUGGCCAGAGUUGGUGGUAACAUUGAGGUUCUUGGAUUUAAUGCUCGACAGAGGAAGGCCUUUUUGAAUGCCAUUAUGAGGUGGGGUAUGCCACCCCAGGAUGCUUUCAACUCCCACUGGCUGGUACGCGACUUGCGUGGAAAGAGUGAGAAGGAGUUCAGAGCCUAUGUAUCCCUGUUCAUGAGACACUUGUGUGAGCCUGGAGCAGAUGGGGCAGAGACAUUUGCAGAUGGUGUCCCAAGGGAAGGGCUGUCCCGACAGCAUGUACUUACAAGGAUCGGAGUCAUGUCACUAGUCAGAAAAAAGGUACAAGAAUUUGAACAUAUCAAUGGCAAAUACAGCACCCCAGAUCUGAUACCUGAAGGAACAGAGAUUAAGAAACUGAAUGAUUGUAUCUCAUCUGAUUCAAACACACCGGUUCCUGCUAGCCCAGCUCAAAUUCAACCUAGCACUCCUGCCUCCUCUGAUAAAAGUGAAACACCUUCAGGAGUACAGGAGGAAAAGGAGUCUGCCGAGGCUAAAGCUAAAAAAGAAAUGGAAGUGCAGGACCUGGCAAACAAUGAACAGCCCAACUGUGAAGAGAAACCCCAGGAGAACAUGGAAAGUAAAGACAAAAUUGGAGAAGAUAGAGGUAGUGAGAGUGAAGAAACUGAACUAGCUGCAGGACAGCUGUUGAAUGCUGAUGUUAAUGAAGACAAAGAAACAUCUGUAGAAAAAACAGACACAGAUGCUGUUGAAGACAAACUGGAAGACAAAGAAUGCAAGCCAGCUGAAGAUAAGGAUGUGAAGAAAGAAGAGAAAGAGGCCAAUGAGACUCAGGAGAAUGGAGAAAAAGAAGAGAAAGAUGAAGAAGAUGAAGCAGGAAGAAAGGAGGAUAAAAACAACAAAUUCAAAUUCAUGUUUAAUAUUGCAGAUGGUGGUUUUACAGAGUUGCACACUUUGUGGCAAAAUGAAGAAAGGGCAGCCGUUUCAUCUGGCAAGAUAUAUGACAUCUGGCAUAGAAGACAUGAUUACUGGCUGUUGUCUGGGAUCGUCACACAUGGUUAUGCCCGCUGGCAGGACAUCCAGAAUGAUCCCCGUUAUACAAUUUUAAAUGAGCCUUUCAAGUCAGAGAUUCACAAAGGGAACUAUCUAGAAAUGAAGAAUAAGUUUUUAGCUAGACGAUUUAAGCUACUAGAACAAGCACUGGUGAUUGAAGAGCAACUCCGCAGAGCAGCAUACCUAAACAUGUCCCAAGAUCCAAACCACCCUGCUAUGGCACUCAAUACUCGCCUUGCUGAAGUGGAGUGCCUUGCUGAAAGCCACCAGCACCUCUCCAAAGAGUCAUUAGCUGGGAAUAAACCUGCCAAUGCUGUUCUGCAUAAGGUUUUAAACCAGCUGGAAGAACUGCUGAGUGAUAUGAAAGCAGAUGUAACGCGGUUACCAUCCAUGUUAUCUCGAAUACCACCUGUUGCUGCCCGCCUACAGAUGUCAGAACGCAGUAUUUUAAGUCGACUCACAAAUCGGGGAACUGAUCCUCCUCCUCCUCAGCAGCCUUUCUCACAGGGCUCCUUUGGCUCCUCCCAGAUGUAUGGCAACAACUUUGGCCCAAACUUUCGUGGACCUGGACCAGGAGGGAUAGUCAACUAUAGUCAGAUGCCUCUGGGACCCUAUGUGACUGCAACUUCAAAUGGCUCAUCCUCAAGUCAACUGGACAAAAAAUUAGCAGAUACUCUUAAAGACAGUGGAUCUGUGGAACACAAAGGAAAGUCUAAUGACAUCAUCUGUAUUGAAGACUAAUCUUGAACUACCAAUACAAUUAUAACAUAAAGCAGCCAUUUGCAUAUUUUAAAGUGUUCUUCAAAAAUCAUACUAAGGAGCCUCUUGCUGGAAGGAGACUUUCCUUGUACAUCUUUUUUGCACUUUUUUCUUAUUGAAGACUUGAAAGUGUGUCUUGUUAAAAAAAAAAAGAAGAGUUUGACUUUUACCGAAUGGAAACUUAGCAUCACCAGUGUUAAACAUUUUCUUUAUUUCUGCAUUGCCAGUUUAUUUAAAAUGAGAACUAUGAAUGAGUGAACUGCCCAUGCCUGGGAUUUUCAUUCCUUGAGAAAUGACAAACAUUGACCAUUACAGUAUUUUUCUUUAGGCUCAGGUGUUCUGUUUUUCAAGUAUAAAUUUAAAACAAUUAGUAUUUUAAAUACUUGCCAUUGUUUUAGUUGAAUGAGAAACUGGAAGUUAAUAAUUUUCUUACAUAACGAGUUUUAGAAUGUUCCCAGUGUAAAUGGAGACGUGCAGAUUUUAUAGUAUUUCUGUCAUAUGAAAUCCUUUUGAAUGUUCCCAGGUGACAAUACUAAAACUGUACACAGUUACCUGCUAAAUAUUUAUAUAAAUGCCUUAGGCAUGAACAAAACAUUUUAAAACGCUGCCCCUCCUCAGUUUUUUUUUUCCAAGACUGUAAGUAAUGUUUCCUCAUCUCCCUCAUCUGGUAAUUUUUUUUACAUUAACUGGUGCAUGUAAAAUGAGAUUUUUUUACAGAACGCAAAUUACAUUUCAUUGGUGCCAAGAGGUAUGUAUUGGUGGAGGGACACCUUCACUAAACAGUACAGUGCAUAUUAUUAUUGCAAUUUUUAAGCUGCAUUGAGUUUACAGAUACGUACGCUGCUAUUAGUGUUAAGUUUACUGGUGCCCCAGAGUAUUAGAGGGUUUCACCUAUCUCUUUUUUUUCUUUCUGUCACCAGAAUAGUAAUAGGAACCUGUGGUUAUAAUGAAACAGUAGAAAAUGCAACAGGAUCUAUGUCAGAUUGAUUUGAAUUUUCAGAAAUACUGUAACAAACCAGAGUCUGUAUUGCAGAAUAAAAAGUUACUGGGAAAAUGUUAAGUGAAAUAUACAAAGCUCGCCAAAAAUUUAAAUACUUUGUUAGGUAAAUUAAUUUUUACAUUCCUUUGUGACCUUUUCCUUCUUUUGUGUUAAAUCUAUUACAUUUAAUCUCAUAAACUUGAAAGAAAAUUACAUAGUAGCUAAAAAUACAAUAUUCUAUCACCCAUAUCUGACAACUUCUAAAGUUAUUUGUAACAUCUAUAAGUCUUAAAAAGUAAAAAGACGUAUUUAAAAGCAUAAUUUUCAUAAUGUGGGUGAUACCAUCAUUGUUCAUAUAUUACCUCAAAAAUAUUGUAAAGCUUUUAUUGCCACAUGCUUUACUUUCCAUAGUUCAUUUUUUUCCAUUUAUCUCAAAACCUUAGAAUCUAAUUCCACAUACAUUUACCUGUAGAUAUUAAUGCAGAAGGUUAUAAUUUAGCCAGCACUGCCAUCUGCACACUUAUUUCAUGCCAAGACCAUAAUCACUGCUUUGUUCUGCAUUUCUAUCCCAAAGACUCUAUCACCGAUUCAUUUUGCCUCCUGGCACAUCUAAUUAUCAUUCCCUGGUUUUGAGAAGAAGGGUUGAGUAGAUUUCAGGUAUCGGUUAAGUUUUUGAUAGUCAGUAUUUCAUUGUCUAUUAAAAAAGUUGUUGUUGUCAGUUUGCUCUUUUUUGAGCUGGGUUAGUUUAUUGUAAGAAAUUAAAGGCUGUACUAAAUGAGGUGCAUCCCAUGUCAAAUAUUGCUUUGUUUAUUUAUGCCUUUUGUAAUACAAACAUAGUGCAAGUAAAACAUUUUGCAGUCUUCUGUGACAUUAAGAAACUCCAGCCUCUCUUCAGUUUCCUUUCUAAAAUCCUUGUCCUAAAUAAUUAAAAGUAUGUAUUUGACCCACUGUAUGUUUCUCAGAUUAGCUAUGUUUCAAGAUGGCAAAUUACUUUUUAUGCCUUGAAGGCACAUAUACAUAUAUAUAUAUAGAUACGAGUAAAUAUCUUAUAUUCUUUUCCUGAAGAAAAGAAUUAAAGCAAAAAAGAAGUGCUAAAUUUUUUAACUGCAUACUUUUAUGUAUGUAGAAAACAAGAAGGGAAAAAGACACUUAUUUUAUCUUAACCUUUGGAGUGAGAGCGUUUAAUUAACGUUUUUUUUUAAAGCAAAGUGAACUUCUGGCCAGUAUUUAACAGAUUUUGAUUAUUCUCCAGACCGAAAGGCACAGCUGUGGAAUGUAUAACUUUAUUUGGUGAUGCUUUAAGCUCCAGUAUAUAUGAAAAAACCUCAAGGGUGAAAAAAAAAGACUCUUGUAAUUUCCUGAAGGGUGAAUUAAAGCUUUGAAAGCUACUUGACAUACAAUA